UCGCCUUUGACACGGAGAUAAGCGUAUUUAUAAAUAAGAUAAAGUAAAAACAAAUAACUGUAUAUAUUAAAAGAUCGUCUAUGCAAAUAUCAUUAGUAAGGAUAACUUGUGCGUUGUGUACAAAGUGUAAAAUGUUUAUUUUAUUUUUCAUCGGAUUGGUUAUUUCGGGCAUAAAUGCUGAUCUCCUCCGACAAGAUAGGAGCAAAGCGACGUUGAAACCGAUCUCAGCAUGCUGUGAUAUACCAGAACUGGGUGAUGCAAAGCCGUUGUCAGAAUGCUCUAAUCCGAAACUGCCUGGACCAUGCAAAGACGUACAAUGCGCAUUCGAAAAAUCGGGCUUCCUCACAGACAACCUCACGCUAAAGAAAGAAGUAUACAAGAAGCAUUUACGCCAAUGGGCGAAGAACCAUGACGGCUGGUCCGAUGCGGUGGAGAAGGCCAUCAGCGACUGCGUCGACAAGGACUUGCGACAAUACUUGGACAUUCCCUGUAAAGCCUACGAUGUUUUUACAUGCACUGGAAUUGCUAUGCUGAAGAAAUGUCCUGAUGCAGCCUGGAAAUGUUAGAACAUUUUCGAUUAUCAAUAUCUGUCUUAUUUAUCGAAAGGAAGAGUACACAGAAAUAAAACAUUUUAAACGUAA